UUGACUACUUAGUGACCUAGUGUGCGUGUGCGGUUUGGGACGCGGCCCGUGGCUUUGUAUUAGAGUAACAGCUUCACCACAGACGGGAAACGUGGGAGAAAAAACAACAUUAUAAUCGGAGACCUGGCAAAUAAAGGCGACGGAUUGGGUGAAAUGGGUUCUGAACCUCCAUCAUCUCCUCAGCUAGUGGAUGAAGGAGUUGAUGAAGAUGAUGAAGAGUUGAGUGGAGGAGAGGAAGCCGAGCUGCGGGUGUCGUCAGGACGGGGAUCGGUUCUGACUCGGAGGGGAAUCACACUACGCGUGCUGCUGAAAGACGGCUUGGUGGAGCCGGGAGACGCCGUCCUGUCCAUACACUACCUGGGGAAGAACUUUGUGGGUGACCUGCUGACUGAUGGGAAGAUCCGCUGGGUGGAAACGGGGCAGAUCUUUAACUCCCCGAGCGCAUGGGCCACACACUGUAAGCGUCUGGUGAACCCUGCCAAGAAGUCGGGCUGCGGCUGGGCGUCGGUGCGCUACAGGGGACAGAAACUGGCCCAGUACAAAACCAGCUGGCUGCGUAAAUACCAGCCCAGUGCUGACAUGAGUCUCGCCAGCGAAGGAGAGGACGACGAGAUGGGAGACGACGAAGAGGAGGAAGGGAAAACGACUAUUACAACAGACGAAAGAAACAGGAAGUCCAAACCAGAGUUCCACGAUGUCAGUGUGGUGCACAGGAGAGGAGACAGAGAGAGACUUCCUGUCAGAUACUGCACACUGGGAACCAGAGACAUCGGCAGAGAUCCUCACACGCUAGUGGAGCUGUCGGCUUUCUCCGCCAUCAACCGCUUCCAACCUUUUAACGUCGCCGUCUCCAGCAACGUUCUGCUGCUCAUGGACUUUCACUGUCACUUGACUACGAGUGAGGUAGUGGGCUACCUGGGCGGUCGUUGGGACACUACGACACAGCUGCUGACGGUUUUGCGAGCGUUCCCGUGUCGCACGCGACUGGCCGACCGAGACGCCGCGCCGGCUGUGGAGGAAGAGAUUUGUCAGAACCUGUUCAUGAGAGGGCUCUCACUGGUGGGCUGGUACCACAGUCACCCUCGAGGCCCCGCCCUCCCGUCGCUGCAGGACAUCGAUUCGCAGAUGGACCACCAGCUCCGCCUCCAAGGCAGCAGCAACGGCUUCCAGCCCUGCCUGGGCAUCAUCUGUGGACCGUAUUACCAUGGCAACCAGGGGGUGGCGUCGACUAUCACUCCAUUCUGGGUGGUUCCUCCUCCAGAGCAAAGGCCGAAUGAUUACGGUAUCCCAGUUGCAGUGGAAGUCACAUACGUGCAAGACAACUUCCUCACUACAGACGUCCUCAAUGAAAUGAUGAUGCUGGUGGAGUUUUAUCGAGCAGCUCCAGACCUGGUCAAUUUUAAUCAGAUGUGGUGUUCUGAUACAUCAAUACUGGAGAAAAUGAAGGCGUCCCUGAGUGGCCACGCCCCUAAGGACCAGGCCUACUCUCAAAUCCUGGAGCAUGUCUACAACCAACUGCGUAACAUGCAGUGAUGGAAACCUCCUGUCUGUCUUCUCACUGUUGAUCUGUGUGUGGGAUCAAAGAACAUCCCAGUUUGAUCUGACACACACACACACACACACACACAUGCAGUGAGGAACUGGCUGCCUUCUUAUCUUUGUACACUCUGUGAACAUGUCUUCCAUUUAUGUAGACAUAAUUGUGUGGAUAGUUUAGAAUAGUUUAUCCAUAUUUAUCCAGAUAGCGCCGCACACACACACACACACACACACACACACAGACACCAUGCGCAAUUGAUGUCUCAAUGAUGGCACGUGCAGCUAGUUUCCUAAUUAGGAAAAUUCACCAUAACUUCACCACAAUCGUUACCGUUGCUGUAAUUUACAGCAAAUUUAUAUACCUCAGUUUAUGGCUUAAGACAAGAGGGAAAUUUUACUCCACUUUUAAUCUGAAGAGGAGUCUGGCUCAGUCCUAAUGCAGGUAACAUUAAUACCUUUCAGAUCCAGUUCCCUAAAUUACCACUAGGUAAAUGUGUGUGUUUCUGUUUCAUGUUCAGUUUAAUAAUAAGUAUUUCAUAGAAUCAUCACCAGGAGGGGGCGCUGUUUUAGAUCGCAGUACAAAACACAGUACAAUAAUUUGUAUUGAUGCGUUUAAAGGACUGUAAUUAAUGCAGAUAAAGAAGCUGGAAUACUGAAUAUGUUUAAAUAUACACUGGAACAUACUUGUGGAAUUA